GGCCCUGGCGCGGCGGCGCGCGCGGGGUGAAGGGAGCGCGGCGCGCUGGCUGCGGCGACGGCGGCGGUUGCUGCGCCGGGUACUGGGGUCGCUGCCUGAGGCGCAGGCGCUGUGGACUCAGCCCGCCCCGGGCCUGGGCUGGCUGUGGACUCGUCAUGGCGACCGAGCAGAGGCCUUUCCACCUGGUGGUGUUCGGCGCCUCUGGCUUCACCGGCCAGUUCGUGACCGAGGAGGUGGCCCGGGAGCAGGUGGACCCGGAGCGGAGCUCCCGCCUGCCCUGGGCCGUGGCGGGCCGCUCCCGGGAGAAGCUGCAGCGGGUGCUGGAGAAGGCGGCCCUGAAGCUGGGAAGACCAACACUGUCGUCUGAAGUUGGAAUCAUCAUCUGUGAUAUCGCUAAUCCAGCCUCGCUUGAUGAAAUGGCUAAACAGGCAACAGUUGUCCUCAAUUGCGUAGGACCAUAUCGAUUUUAUGGAGAACCUGUAAUAAAAGCGUGUAUUGAAAAUGGAGCCAGUUGUAUCGACAUCAGUGGAGAACCUCAGUUUCUAGAACUAAUGCAAUUGAAGUAUCAUGAGAAAGCUGCAGACAAAAGGGUUUAUAUCAUUGGAAGCAGCGGCUUUGACUCCAUUCCGGCAGAUCUGGGAGUAAUAUAUACCAGAAAUAAAAUGAAUGGUACUUUGACUGCUGUGGAAAGUUUCCUGACUAUACAUUCAGGACCUGAGGGGUUGAGCAUUCAUGAUGGUACCUGGAAGUCAGCAAUUUAUGGUUUUGGAGAUCAGAGUAAUUUGAGAAAACUACGAAAUGCAUCAAAUCUGAAACCUGUCCCACUCGUUGGUCCAAAGUUGAAGAGAAGGUGGCCAAUUUCUUAUUGUCGGGAACUCAAAGGUUAUUCCAUUCCUUUUAUGGGAUCUGAUGUGUCUGUUGUAAGGAGGACUCAACGUUACUUGUAUGAAAAUUUAGAGGAAUCACCAGUUCAGUAUGCUGCGUAUGUAACUGUGGGAGGCGUCACCUCUCUUAUUAAGCUGAUGUUUGCAGGACUUUUCUUUUUGUUCUUUGUGAGGUUUGGAAUUGGAAGGCAACUUCUCAUAAAAUUCCCAUGGUUCUUCUCCUUUGGCUACUUUUCAAAACAAGGCCCAACACAAAAACAGAUUGAUGCUGCCUCAUUCACGUUGACAUUCUUUGGUCAAGGAUACAGCCAAGGCAUUGGUACUGAUAAGAGCAAACCAAAUAUCAAAAUUUGUACUCAGGUGAAAGGACCAGAGGCUGGCUAUGUGGCUACCUCCAGAGCUAUGGUUCAGGCAGCCAUGACUCUUCUAAAUGAUGUUUCCGAUCUGCCUAAGGCGGGCGGGGUCUUCACACCUGGAGCAGCUUUUUCCAAAACAAAGUUGAUUGACAGACUCAACAAACACGGUAUUGAGUUUAGUGUUAUUAGCAGCUCUGAAGUCUAAACACUUGAAGAGUUAACUGAAGUCAUAACGUGCGCGAAUUAACAGAUUCUCUAUUUGAUAUUUGAAAUUCUGUAAGCCUGUCUGAAUGUAUGUGGAAAUGAUUGUCAAAUCUAAAAUAUCUAUAUAUUAAAAAGCAGGAAAUUGUCCUAGCUUACCCUAAAUUUCAAAUCUCAGUUGAUUUUGUGAUUUUAUUGCUUAUAAGAGAGAACUCAUAUUUGACAUAUUUUUUUCAUUGAUGUGUUCCUGGUAGAUUUUCACGAAUGAGCUGGCAGGUCUAAUGGGGGAGGCAGUGUCCCAGCCUGCGUUGCAGCAGCAUUGCUCAUCGAGGGUGUGCACACCAGCGUUAGUGUCGGGCAGUAACUGCCGCUUGCCUCGCCGCAGUAGGAAGGAAAUCUCACCUUCCAGUGAGCUUCUCCACAUACUGUCUUGAGCCUUUGCUAAAUUAAACUGCACUUUUUGCUAUUUUUGCCUAGUUUUUCGCCAGUCUACACUGAUUUUGGACUGUUACUUAGGUUGAAAAAUAAAAGGUUGUCAGUCGAA